AUGACCAUGACCAUGACCGAUGACCACAGUCGGCGCCGCUUCGGUCCCUUGAGCAACUUCCACCACAUGCCUUCAUACUCUAGCCAGCCCCAUUUCUCGGACCCUUGGUCCUCGUACUCGCCGACGGGACCGGCACCGCAAGGUGGGAACCAACAACAUCCCAUCUACGCCGGCAACCAAGAAAGCGCUGGCCUGCCUCACCUCAACAUCGGCAGCCUUCCCAGACAACCUCCCAACUCGCAACACCCACAGCACCCCCAACACUCGGCCACCACAGGAAGCAGCACCUCGAUGGCGCCUUACGGUUCCCUCCCGGUUACGGCCGGCUCGGCCGCCAGCGCCCCCAUCUCGGGCGUCUACCGGCAGCACGAAAUGCUGUCCAUGCCUCAAGAUGCUUUCGGCCUGAACCGCCUACAGCAGCCAACGUCGUCCGCUGCCUACGACGCGUCAGCAUACACGAGCUCAGCGUCGCCGGUGACCGCGUCGUACCCACCGGCGUCGGCAUCUCCGUACGAGCAACUCGGCUACGCGCCGGCACAGAUGAGGGGGACCUUUGCUAUCGGCCAGGAAGACAACGCAAGAAGAUACUCGCAACAACCCUUGCAAACGGAUGACCGGAGGACCUUCCAGGAUGCGCUGGAGGCCAGCCAGGGGAUGCUCUCGAUGAGCCAGGACACGCCUCGAAACAUCUACGACGUGCGCAACCGGGCACGCGGCUCGGCGGACUCGUACGGUUUCCCCUCGACGCAUUCAUCAACCUCGAGCAUAUCGUCGGCCGGGUUCAGUGGCUACUACGGAGGCUCUGUUGACGGGUCAGUUAGCGAUUAUUCUGCGGCGGGGUCCGACAUCGAAUCGUUGUCGGGGCGGACACUACCUAGACCCCAAGGGCUCAUGUCCAGCCAACCACCGGCGCCUCAGUCCAUGAUGGGGUCAUUCAGCUCCAGGGUGUCGUCCAGCGCGCAAAAGAAGCACAAGUGCAAGGUCUGCGACAAGCGCUUCACGAGGCCCAGCUCUCUGCAAACCCACAUGUACAGCCACACGGGAGAAAAACCAUUUGGUUGUGAAGUUGAGGGCUGUGGCCGCCGGUUUUCGGUAGUAUCAAACCUCCGUCGUCACAAGAAGGUCCACAAGAGAGGCGGCGAGACCCCUUCCGACACGGGUUCGGAGACACACGAGUCGCCGUAG